UUCGUACAGCCGGCGGGUGAAGACAGUGGAUCUUGCUUUCUUUGUAUAGGAAAUAACUCGCGUGUGUGAAAGUAAAAUAGUUUACUACAGAUUAUAAUCUUGCCGCAAUUAGUAACUUUUAGAAUAACUUUAAUUUAGUUAUAAAAAUCGGCAAAUCAAAAAGCGAGAGAGCGGCCUGUAUAGACGCUUUUAUAGUAACACAACAAAGGGAGAAUUUGGUAGUCCAACUGCGUCUAGUGAGCUUUUCCUGCGAGGUUGCUUGUUUGAAGGAAGCUUUAAAUUAUCGAUUAGCAAGAUGGCAGACGAAGAUUUAUCGUUGAACGAAGAUCAACUGCUGGACAAUCUUGACGAGGCAAAUGGCGAGCACGAAGCGGAACUAAUGAACGAAAACGAGGAGGAAGCCAAUAUGCAAAUCGAUCCUGAGCUAGAGGCAAUUAAGGCGCGUGUUAAGGAAAUGGAGGAGGAGGCGGAAAAAAUUAAGCAAAUGCAAUCUGAGGUUGAUAAGCAAAUGGCGGGCUCGACGACGGGUUUGGCCACUGUGCCAUUAUCUUUGGAAGAAAAACAAGAAAUUGAUACGCGUUCUGUAUACGUGGGCAAUGUAGAUUAUGGCGCUUCGGCUGAGGAGUUAGAAUCACAUUUUCAUGGCUGCGGUACCAUUAACCGAGUGACAAUUCUGUGCAACAAAGCCGACGGUCAUCCCAAAGGCUUCGCUUACAUUGAAUUUGGUUCAAAGGAAUUUGUUGAGACCGCUUUAGCCAUGAAUGAGACACUUUUCAGAGGCCGGCAGAUUAAGGUUAUGUCUAAGCGCACCAAUCGCCCUGGACUUUCAACGACUAAUCGUUUCGCUCGCGGCAGUUUCCGUGGCCGGGGCGCACGUAUAUCUCGCGCUUGUUGCCACACUUCCUUCCGAGGUGCACGUCGCCCAAUGGGUUAUCGUGGACGUGCAAAUUACUACGCACCCUAUUGAUUAAUGUUUUAUUCUUAUUUCUAAGGUAAGUCCUUGCAUUUAUUUUUCCACAUUUAUAUAGUUUUUGGCAUUAAGCUUCAUUACCCUCAUCGUUUGCUUUUCUAAAACUUAGAGCAUGUUUAUUUGAAAAUUUAAUUAUCGUACAGUUGAGAUCGAGUGCGGGAAUUUUUCAAACAUUUUUGUUUAACAU